AUGCCGCCACCCAGCACACAUGUCUUCACGUUUGGGCUCAAUGCGACACAUGCAACUGAGGCUCUGGAAAAUCUGAUUCUUGAGCACCUUGAACAAGCCGCUCGAAAAGUCCGUCUGAAUGUGGGCGACUUAUUCUCUGCCCCGUGCCCGGCCGAACCACAAGAUGUCGCAGCUCUAGUGACUGAGAUGGGAGAUUACCUAGCCCGGACUGCCCUGAUAUGGUCUGCUCUCAUUCAAAGCCUCAUCCAGGGGCCUCACAUUGACCAAGUCACUCUACAAAUCCUCGAGAAAUCUCGAGUAGACACCGGGGUAGCAGACAUCACGGCGUCCGUUUCCAUGGACGUGACCCUAAGUCGUCUUCGCAAGAUGCGCGAUCUGGCAGAGCAGUACUCUCGCGAUGUCCAAGCUGUAUGGAGGGUUGGAGGCAGGAGAUCGAGUCUGGCCUCGUAUGCCCCUCGAAUGUCCUUCUCGUCACACGACGGCCCCCCAUCGGUGACCUCAUCGGCAACCUCGUUGGACAUGCUGGAUGCGCCUGAUACGCUCUCGCGUGCAGCCAAACGUCGCAAGCAGCUUCCCGAUGCCUCCGCUGUGCCGCCGUCGGACGAAACGGCAAUUGGCGCAAAUCCUGGUGAACAAGAUGAGUCAGAUGACUACUCAGACGAGAAUGAAUUUGCGGGCAUCAAUAUGAAGGCCUUGAAGCAGCGAGGCAAAGGGAAAUACUACUGCCCCAGGGGCCAUCAAUGCGACAAGGGAGGGGUCGAUAAACAUGGCAAUCUGAUACUCUUCGACCGUAACUCUUCUUUUGCGUAUGUAAUAGUCAUCUCUCCCCCAUUCAGCGCGUGGCGCAUGGCAAUAUAG